GCAUUGUCCUGUCGGCUUCUAUGUUCUUUUGGAUAGGCCUGCUUUGGGACAUCAGUAUCGUCCCUGGAUAUCACCCUUAUUCAGUUCUGAAAUAGAUCAGUUUAGCUCGGAGCUUCUGGAAAGCAGGUUCAAAAACUGCAACUGUGUACCGGUAUCUCCAUAAUUGCUUACAUUUAAUGUCCAUUAAUGUGACAUAUGAUAAUCUGCAGCAGUAGAAUUCAGGAAACUAUUGUCAUUUGAGGGUCACAGGAAGUCUUGUAUUUCCAUCAAAAUGGGUGAGAAAGGAGAAGAACAUGAUUUUGCGGUGGUCAAUCCAGCUCUAGUUGAAGAUGAAAAGGACUCUCAUGCCACCAGUACCAAGGAGCUUGAAAGCAACAUGCCAUCGUCAAAGGCAAGCUUCUCUCCCCUCAAAGGAUCGGCGACGCCCAAGGCAGGUUACCCCGGUGCCAGCAGGGAGAAGUGGGGCAACAAGGCUCAAUUUAUCCUUGCGUGUGUGGGAUAUGCUGUUGGUCUCGGAAACGUCUGGAGGUUCCCUUAUCUCUGUUAUAAGAGUGGUGGAGGUGCCUUCUUGAUACCAUACUUCCUGACAUUGUUCUUGACCGGGAUACCUCUUCUACUGCUUGAGUUUGGUCUUGGACAGUACAUACGCCAUGGUCCAGUUGUAGCCUUUAAGAAGAUCACCCCUUUGUUCAAAGGUACUGGUGUAGCAACUGUAAUGAUCACUUUCCUCUUGACAACGUACUACAACGUGAUCAUGACGUGGGCCCUCUUCUACCUGUUUGCAUCGUUCCAGAGUGUCCUCCCGUGGUCUGGAUGCAACAAUACCUGGAACACGGACAAUUGCUGGUCCCAAGAGGACUACCUUAGUCUGGGACCUAAUGAGACCAAACCCAACGGAACCAAUUCAUCUACUCAGGAGUACUUUGACCACCGGGUAUUACAGAUCAGCGGUGGGAUUGAUGAACCAAAUGGUAUGCGUUGGGAGCUGUUCGGUCUCUUGCUCUUGGCUUGGAUCCUUGUGUACUUUUGUCUCUUCAAGGGUGUUGCUACAUCAGGCAAGGUUGUGUAUUUCACAGCAACCUUUCCCUAUUUGGUUUUGAUUGUUCUGUUAAUAAACGGUGCCCUGUUAGAUGGGGCUGGCGAUGGUAUGAGUUACCUCUUUAAACCUCGCUGGGAACUCCUCAAACAAGCUUCGGUAUGGGAAGCUGCAGCUGCUCAGAAUUUCAACUCCAUUGGGAUUGCCUUUGGUUCUAUGAUAGCACUGUCUAGUUACAACGAAUUCAAGAAUCGGUCCAUAGUGAGAGAUACUCUUACUAUAUGUGGGAUCAACAGUUUUACCAGUAUAUUUGCUUCUUGUGUGAUCUUCUGUGCUUUGGGUUAUAUUUCCAAGAUUCAAGGAGCUAACAUUGAUGAUGUGGUGGUAUCAGGUCCCGGUCUAGUAUUUGUCACCUACCCAGUUGUAUUCAACACCAUGCCUGCACCUCAGUUGUGGGCUGUACUCUUUUUCCUCAUGUUAGUCUGUCUCGGAAUAGAUAGCCAGUUUGCCAUGGUUGAAGUGGUUGUUGCUACCUUCAGUGAAGGUUUUCCUAAACUGCGUCAGUUCUACUUCAAUCGAAAAGAGAUCCUGGUCCUCUAUAUAUGUGUUAUCUCCUUUCUCCUUGGUCUUCCUAACAUCACCAGGGGAGGAAUGUACUUCUUCCAGAUCAUGGAUUGGUAUACUGCUGUUAUCUCUCUCUUCUUUGUUGCCAUAGCUGAGGCUAUAGCUGUAUGCUGGGUUUAUGGUGGGAAUCGGCUGGCAAAGAAUAUUGAGGCCAUGACAGGAUCUUAUCCAAACAUAUACUUCAGAGCCUGUUGGUUGGUCAUCUCGCCAGUUCUUAUUCUUGCCAUUCUAAUCUUCACAAUUGUGGACUAUGAACCUGUGACGUAUGGUAAAUACAUCUACCCCGCCUGGUGCCAAGGCCUCGGCUGGUGUGUGGCUCUCUUGUCCAUCAUGUGUAUGCCCGUUGGAGCCAUACAUACAUUGGCUACUUCCAAGGGAUCUAUGAAAGACCGCCUGCUGAAUAGCCUCAAGGCUGACUUUGAUGAUGAAACUCACAUCAAAGAAUGCGAAGGAUUCGACUAUGACAUUGAGAUGACCUCCAAACCCCCAUCGUAUGACAUGGUUGUUGGUAAUGGUAACGUUGCCUAGAUAUAGGGAAAGUGCUUUUACAUUGUCUGGCCUGUAUUCCAGUCUAUAGUUUCACUUAAACCAUAUUCUAAGUCUGUAGUAAUGUUAUGGGUAGCCAAAGGUGUUCACACUGUCUUGAAAGAUGAAUACCAGUUGUGGUAACGAUCUCAAAAUGAGUUCAAACAGAAUCCAAUGAAAUUACAACCAAAGUGAUUGUAUGUA